GCUGCUGCUGUUGGUGCUGCUGUUGUUGCUGCUGCUGCUGUUGGUGCUGCUGUUGUUGCUGCUGCCGUUUCCGCGUUGACAACCCUCGCUGCCGCUGUACCUGCUGCUGUCGAUGCAGCUGUCGCCGUCACCGCCGCCAUUUCUGCUGUUGACAUGACCAGGUCGGGUGCUGUGCCUUGUGGUAAUGAUGCUGCCAUCAGGGACGAUUGCACUGCGUUUGCCGCUACUUUCGCCAUCUGUGCCACCACAAUCGCAUCAUCUAUUGAUGCACGCUCUGCAUCACUUAUGGCGCUGUCCAACAAUAAGUUCUGUAAGUCUGCUGCCACUUCUUCUGAUUCCGUGGCCACUUCGUCGGCGGCGUUUUCAGCCGCGGAAAGUAUUUCUGGCGUUGAAUUUGACGAUGCCGCCUUCGUUGCCGCCUCUGCUGCGGUGUUUGCUGCAUCUGCUGCUUUUAAUGCUGCUGCUGCUAUUUGUGCUGCUCGUAGUCCUGCUGAUGCCGGUGAUGUUGAUGUUGCCGCUUGUAUUGCUGCCAGCGACGCUUUGCGUGCCGCAUCAGCUGCCUUCCUUGCUUCAGCCGCUGCCUCCUCCGCUGUUAUUUCCCCUUUUGCAAGUAAAGUGGCGGCCAUUGCUGCUGCUUUUGAAGCGCUUGCUGCCUUUUCUGCUGCUGCUCCUGCUUCUGGUCCAGCGGCUGCUGCUGCUGCUGAGGCUGUUGCUGCCGCUGCUGCAGCGGCUGCUGUCGUACCUAUCGCUGCUGCCUUCUUUGCUUCAGCUGCUCCCGUUGCUGCAGCCGCUGUUGCUGCUGCAGUAACGUCUGGUGUUGGUGGGGUCGCUGCUGCAUCUGUGGCUGUCCUUAGCAGUGGUUUUGCUGCGUUCGCUGCUGCUGUUGCAGAUCUAGCCACCGCCAGUGCUGUUAAUGUCAUUAUUUCUCUGUUGUUUACUGCUGCGGCUGAUGUUACUAAUCCUGCUGUAAUUGCUGUGGCGUCCACUAUGUCUGCCACUAUUUCUGCUACGGCGAUUGCUUCACGUCUUGCCAUUGGCAAUUGUGCUCUUUCUUCUGCUGUGACUGCUGAUAAGGCUUCUAGUGAUUCUGCUGCUGCUUCUGACACUGUUUUUGCAGCUUCUUCAGUCGCUUUAAUUGCUUCCGGCGUUGCAGUUUCCAAAGCCGUAGACGCUGCAGCUGCUGAUUUUCUUGCCGCAGAUGCUGCUAGUAUUGCUGCAUCUACUAUUUCUGACGAUCCUAUUGGUUGUGCUGGUAUUGCUGCAAGUGCCACGUAAGCUGCAUCUGCUGCCUCUUCAGCUGCUUGUACUGCCACUUCUGGUCGUGCACUUCCUUCUGCUACUAAUGUGGCGGCUCUACCUGCUACUAGCGCAGCCCUUACUGCUUGUUCUACUUCUACGGAUUCUGUUGCUCCAGCCGAUGCUGCUAAUGAGGCCACCAAUGCUGUUGCUGCUGCUGCUGCUGCUGUGGAUGUCGUCACUGCUGCCGUUGCUGCUGAAUUUUGUCCCGCUGUGGCAGGUAGUGCAACCGUUGUUUGGUCGGAGGACAUGGUUGCUCCUACUGGCGGUGGUGCUGUUGUUGUUCCAGUGGAUGACGGUGAUGCUGGGGAUGAAGUGAUGUCUGCACGUGGGAGUGCGGCUUCUGCAGCAGUCGCUGCUGAUUUUGCAGCUAUUGCUGCUGAAUUUGCUGCUGCUGUUAUUACUGUAGCAAUGUCCUCUGUUAUGCCUGUUCUAGUUGCUAUUGAUGCUGUCAAAGCUGUUGCUUCUGCUAUUCCUGCGGCUGCUUUUGCUGCUGUUAGUGAUACUGCUGCUGGCCCACUGGCGGAUAGUAAUUCUGUUUCCAAUAUUUGUGCUGCAUCGUUUGAUUUUUCAGCCACGUUUUUUGCAGCUCGUGCAGCUUCUGCAAUUGCUGUUGCAUUACCCGAGGCUAACAUUGCCAAUGCGUUUGCUGCAUCUUCAGCAGCCUCUGCUGCUAUUAAUGAUGCAUUUGCAAGUCGUGCCAGGGCUUCUGCUUUUGAUGCUGGUGCUGUUCUUGCUUCUUCUGCGGCUGCUUCAGCUGCUUCUUUGGCGGCAUUAGCAGCACGUGUUGCUGCAGUUUGUAAAAAUUGCAGAUUGUGUUGUCCUGCAGCAGCUGUGGCUGCAUCCAUUGCAGCCUUAACUGCCAUUUCUGCAGCUGGGGAUGAUGUUGCUCCAGCAGCAGUUGAAGUGGCUCCUGCUGCUGCUCCUGCUACAGAAGUUGCUGCUGCUACUGCAGAAAGUAAUGCUGAUGCGGUUGCUGUUGUUGCUGGUGUGUCUGGCACUGUAGCUGCUGCUGCUGCUGCUGAGGCAGCAACUGCUGCUCUUGCUGCAUUUACUGCCUCUUUUGCUUUUUCUGUGGCUACUGCUGCCAAUUCAGCUGCUGCCUCUUCAGAUGGUGCUGCCAGAACUUCUGCUGCUCUUUCUGCUGCUGUUGUAGUUCUGUUUGCGGUUUCUGCUGCCAUUGCUGCUGUUGUCUUAGCUGCAUCUAUUGCUAAUUCUAUAGCGGUUGCUGUUUCUUGUGGUACUGGUCCAAAGGAUGGUGCCGUAAGUACUGCGUUAAGUGCCGUUGCUGCUUUUUCUGCUUCCACUGCUGCCAGUUGUGCAGCUCUUAUGGCAUUCUCAGGUGUUGUUUCUGAUUCUUCGGUGUCUGCUGCUAAUCUUGCCGCUGUUGCUGCUGCUGCUGCUGCUGCUGCUGCCUUUAAUGAUGCUUCAAGUGCUUUCUGUGCCAAUGCUGAGGAUUCUGCUGGUGCUGCUGCUGCUGCUUCUAUUGCUGCUGCUGCUGCUGCUAAAGCUGCAUCUGCUGCAUCUCCUGCCGCUUCUGCUGCCACUUUUGGUGAAACUUCCCCAUCUGUCAAUGCUUCUGCAGCAGUAACUGCCGCUAGUGCAGCUUUUGAAGCAUUUUCUGCAGCUGUUGAUGUUUUUCCUGCAGUGGCUGCUGUUAUUGCUGCAGCUGCUGCUGAUGCUGCUGACGCUGCAGCUGCUGCUGAUGUUGCUGCUGCUAUUGCUGAAGCAGUGGCUGUUGGUAAUGGUAGAGGAGCGGGUUUUCCAGGAGCGGCUGUUGUCGUCUCUGCCGAAGCCGAAAUGGACGUUACUGCAGCAGCUGCUGCUGUUUUUCCUGCAACAGCGGCUGCUAUUGCUGCUGUUGCUGCUUCAUUGGCUGUUUUGGCUGCUUCUUUUAGCUUUUCAGCUGCUGUUUCUUCAUUUGUUGCAUUUGCAGCAGCUGUUGCAGCUUCUGCUGCUGCUUUUGCUUUAGUUGCUGUUUUUGCAGCCAUUUCUGCUGCUGUUUCUGCUGCCGAAAUUGAUAGUUGCAUUAUUGCUGUUUCAGGUGUUUGGUUUGUAGCUGCUGCUAAUGCUGCUCGUAGUGCUGCUAGAGCUACUGUUGCCUCUUCUGCUGCCUUUCCUGCAGCUGCUGUAGCGUUCUCUGCAUCUUCUGCUGUCACUGCAGUUGCAGCCAUUUCUGCUGCCGCUGCUGCUUUAUUAGCUGCUUCUGAUGCAUUUGCUGAUGCCUCUGCAAUUGUUCUUUCUACUUCUGUUGUUGUUGUUGGUGCCAUUUCAAUUGCUUCUUUCGCUGCAAUUAAUGCUAAUUUGGCUGCGUCUGUUGCAUUUCUUGCUGCUUCUGCUGCCACUGUUGGUGGUAACAAUCCGUUUAUUGCUGCAGCAGAUGCUAUUGCUGCUUGUAAUGCAGCUGUAGCAGCAACUUCUGCAGCUUCUGCUGCAGCUAAAGCAGUGGGUCCAGUAGUUGCUGCUGCUGCUGCUGCUGCUGCUGUUGCUGCAGCUUCGGCUGCUAUUGCUGAAGCCGUUGCUGCUGCGUUCGCACUUGCUGAAGUUGCUGCUGCUAAUGGUCCUGUUGUUGUUGCGGCUGCUAUAGUUGGUGGGGCAGCUGUUGUUGCAGCUGCUGUAGUUGGAGGGGCAGCUGUUGUUGCAGCUGCUGUAGUUGGUGGGGCAGCUGUGGUUGUUGCGGCUGCUGUAGUUGUUGGGGCAGCUGUUGUUGCUUCUCUUGUUGUUUUUAUAGUUACUGGUGCUUGAAUCAUUGUUGGGGAAUCUGUGGUCAUUGUCACGGCAGUUGUGAUCACACUUGGGGCCAUUGUGGUUGUUCUUGUUAGGCACUUAUCUCUCAGGGUUCCCUCGGCAGGCUGGCUGUUGGUUGCUGUUUCAAGUCAAGAGUUUGGUCAGAAUUCAGUCAUAAAUUGUCAUGUUUAGUUGUGGUGUCCGAUAUAUACAUACAUACAUACAUAUGUAUAUGGUCUUGGGUUUCGUUUCGUUGGUUUCCUGUUGUAUUUUGAACGUCCCUUCCUCUUGUGUCCUGUAUUCACUUCACUUCCUGCCUUUGUAUGUUUUCUCGCCUGUGUGAUUGUCCCGCCCCUGAUUGAAUCUUCCUGUGUCUAAUCACCUGCUUCCUCCUCAGUGUAUUUAAACCCUGUGUGUCGUCUGUCUCAGUGUCGUCUGCUCUGCUCCCUGUUUUGAUCUAUAAUGAUUCCUGGUCUUCUCUGCCAUGUUUCCUGUUAGUUAGUUUGUUUCCUUGGACUUUUUGUUACACAUGUUUUGACUCCCCUACUCUGCAAGGUUUUUUUGAACAUUUUCUUAACAAUUAAAGUCAUCGUUAUUCAUCCCUCUGUUCCCUCGUCUCUCUCUGCGUUUGGGUCCAUUCACUGCUAACAUUUUUGCCUUAAACCCUGACAGAAUAAAACAGGAAACCAACUAAACAAAACCCAAUAUAAAGAAAUAUAAAUGACUCUUAAUUACUUACCAACAAGUACAAGAACAACGAUAAAGGUCUUGAUGAACAUCGUGAUUUCUUUCUGUUUUCCUCCCCUUCCUCCUCCAAAACUACAUAUGGUGAUAUCCUGAAAGAAAAUGAAAAAUAGUAGAAAGGAGAUUUUUACAUGCAGAUUGUUUGCAAAAUAUUAACAUGCUUCCUUCCCCCGAGGAUCUAAUAUUACAGAGUUCAAAAUAUCAAAAUGUCAUUAAGGGUUCAUUAUUGGUAGUUUCUAAAAAUGUGUCGCAUAACAUGUGGCAAUAAAAAGAAAAUCCAGAAACCCUUUUCCGUCUGCAAUUAAAUUGGCCAAUUUGUUUUUGCAUGUGGACAUGAAAGUGGUCUUCCAAAUCUCAAAAACAUUUGAGCAGUUAGAUAAUGAUGUCAACAUAUGAUGGAAUUAUGUGAUGGAUUCAUAUGAUGUUACUGAGAGAACCCAAGAUACACGCUUGAAACAGAGAAUCUCAUCAGCAUCUCGUUGCUUUGUACACUAGUCAACAUUGAGUGGAUGAGGGGGAGCACAACACAACUUUAGUCUAAAAAAACCAACCGAUCAACAGACGGAAAAACCUUCAAUACAGGUCAUCAGCAUGAAAAAACAAAUGUCAACAGAUUCUGACAACUUUCACAUCACAGUCACCGUUGCCACCGUUUGGUACAACAACAGUCCCAACAGUGCUUCCAUUGUUUUUUGUUGGAUGGGAUGAAAGAUGAGAGAAGAAGAAGAGACCACCAGAAAGGAAAAGUUCUACACAGACCUCCAGAUUGUCAAAUAAAUCACAGACACUGUGGAGUGUCUGUGAUUUCUCUGUAUCUCUCUGUAUGCAGGAUGUUCUGCUGUUGGGAGGGUGUAAGAGCUCAAACUGUAGUUGCACUCAACACAACAGCAGCUCAAACCCAAAAUACAGCUAAUUUCAUGAGAAUAUUGUUGCUUUGUACACUGUCAACAUUGAGUGAAUUUACUCGAAAAAACAAAUGGCAAUAGAUUUCCAAAUCCUUCUUAUCCGAUAAAUAAAAUCAGUUGGAAUGCAUAUGAUCAGCAUAAAUUCUGUUAAAUGACAACAAAAAGCGCAGAGGCCAGAGUUAAGCCUUAAAUAUUGUUUUUUGUCUUUCUCAACAGUCAAAAACACUGCCAGCUAAUGCUCAAAUCAGAAAAGCCAGAACCAACAAAUGUUUGAUAUUCUCAAACACGGCAAGCAAUGAAGUUGUGAAAAUCUAUCAUCAAGAGAGAGAUUUGAUCCACAUCUCUACCACGCCGUCGAGGACCUUUUCAAGCGCGAUACAAAUAAAAUGUAUUACGUGUAAUAGUCUUAUUUCAUAGCAGUUUUUAUGGAUAGUUUAGCCCUUCAUAAAUUCACAUAUUGAUUGAGAAAUCAUGGAGAAAAGAAACGUGUCAUCAUCUCUCCUCUGGGUUGUUUCUAAUCAGCAACAUCACCGACUGUACCGAGACGAUUGUACGCAGAUGACAUGUAACAAAUAAUUGCGAAAUCAAAAAAGUCAACAUUGAAUCAGAUAAGAAUAGUAAGAAUAGAAGAUAAAAAGGAUAAGAAGAAAGAUAAAUUUUCCACUUACUCGGAUAAUGCGGUGAAGUCAAGUCAAGUGAAGCGAUGCGGUUUCCUCGGUGUCACUUGGUGGACCUCUCUUCCUCUGAAGUCUGCCUUUGCUCUCUGCCUCUUCGUGUAUUAAUACGUUUUGAGUCCUCGUCACAUGCAAUGACUAAUUAAUAAUAACAAUCGUGAUUAUAGACUCAGAAACCUUCCCCUCCCAGGUGGAGGCCACAUUUUCUUUUUCUGUUUACAGCAGGGAAUUGGAUGCUGUGUGGUUCAUACACAUGAGUAACUCGCCAAGUGACAUUUCAUUUUGAAAUUGCAACCAGUAAUUAUGAAAUGUAUCAUUCACUUUACGUUGGUAGUGAAAUGUUAGGAACACUUUUAGAACAGUAUGGUAGAUGACCUAUGUUGUGCUACUGUAGGCGUCAAUGGGCCUCAUGGCACACCCAACAACAUAUGUUUAUUGGGUUGAUGAUUCCUUUAAAUUAUCUUUGAUGCCUUGUGUGUCUUUUUAUUCUCAUUUUCAUUAAAGUUUCAUUGUUUCAUGAGUCGUUUUUUUGUCGCCAUACCCGUCUUUAUUUACAUCCUUCUAUCUAAGAAAUGUGAGCUGAAUUGUUUCAACCUCUCUUGGAGGAAAUUCAAUUAAUUUUCAACUGAUUUACAACAGCGAUCACAUUCUUUAUAGGAACAUGUAAGUGUGGGGCUUCACUCACUCGAAAGAACGUUGCCUGCGAACACAAUCCAGACAAUAGUUGUGUUGCUAUAUUGCCUGCACUAAGCGCAUAUUCAAUUUUGUUCAAAAGACUAAACUUUCAUUGAGGUUUCAUUGUCAGCUGGUGUCACAUCAUAUGUGGCAACACAAUGGAAACUCAUUUUCAUAGUGUACUAAAUUGGCCCAUUUCCUUUGCAGGUGGACAUAAAAGUGGUCUUUGAAAAACAUUUGAGCAGUUAGAUAAUGAUGUCAACAUAUGAUGGGAUUAUGUGAUGGAUUCAUAUGAUGUUACUGAGAGAACCCAAGAUACACGCUUGAAACAGAGAAUCUCAUCAGCAUCUCGUUGCUUUGUACACUAGUCAACAUUGAGAGGAUGAGGGGGGGCACAACACAACUUUGGUCUAAAAAAACCAACCAAUCAACAGACGGAAAAACCUUCAAUACAGGCAAAAACAAAUGUCAACAGAUUCUGACAGCUUUCCAUUUGGCCACAGUCACCGUUGGGGCGUUUCGUGGUACCACCAAAGCUUCAACUGGGCUUCAACUGGGCUUUGUUGGACGGGAUGAAAGAUUAGAGAAGAAGAUGAGAGACCAACAGGGAGGAAAAAUCCUUCACAGACCUCCAGAUCGUCAAAUAAAUCACAUCUCUGGAGUGGAACUCAUCUGCCUCGCCACCUGGUGACCACUUGUUCAACAGGUGUGACUGUUUCACUCCAGUUCUUCCUGGACGUCACUGAUUGCCUGCGAGCUUUCAAAUGGAAUUUAAGAUUUUAUUACAGGAAUUUUUGGACAUUUUUAAUCUUUGUUAACAGUGGACCAUAAAGGAAAAAGGA